ACUGGUUUCCAAUAUCGAACUUAGGCUAGCAAUUACAGUUUUUUCCACUUAGGUUGAGCUUUUUUUCCCAAGCGGUAUAUUACAAGUUUAGGAUCUUUCCACCUAAUUGCUUUUAGGGGAAAGUACUUAUUUAUCCAAGUUAUCGGGUUUGAAACAAGAGCUUCACUGUUAAUGCUCAUUUGGGGUUGAAAACGAGGUCCCAUUAAUGACAAAGACCCCCUUCAAAGUUUAAGAAAGUUGGGCUUUUGGAUUCUUUUAUCUUGAGAAAGACCCCUUCAAAGUUUAAGAAAGUUGGGCAUUUGGAUUCUUCUACCUUUCUGUAGAAGGAAAAAGAAAACUCAAGUUUCUUGACCAAUUAAUUAGGUAUAGCUGGUGCCUUUGAAAAAUUAACCUUCGGUCCCACAGUUUGAAAAACGUUGGCAAGCAAACAGCCUAUGUCCUAAUAAGUAAUGGUGAUCUCGUAGGAAACUAGAUAGUACAUUUCUUUGAAAGCUGUAAGAACAGCUGUAAAGGAAAAGUGUAAAACCAGAUCAAGGGAAAAUAUUUAAAUGAAUGGGACGGGUCAGGGAGAGUGAUACGAACAGAUCUACCAAUACCGUCGCAGGGGUAAUGUUCCUGUGUGGUCCAAUGAGAACAGGGCUCGCUCGCUUUAUAUACAUGUACUUCGGCACCAGGCAUUUAGGCUUUCUUUGCCAGCCAUUUCUGCUACUCUUCACUAUGGCUCGUACUAAGCAGACCGCCCGGAAGUCCACCGGCGGCAAGGCCCCGCGCAAGCAGCUUGCCACCAAGGCUGCCCGCAAGAGCGCCCCGGCCACCGGCGGCGUGAAGAAGCCCCACCGCUACCGGCCCGGCACCGUGGCCCUGCGUGAGAUCCGGCGCUACCAGAAGUCCACCGAGCUGCUGAUCCGCAAGCUGCCUUUCCAGCGCCUGGUGCGCGAGAUCGCGCAGGACUUCAAGACCGACCUGCGCUUCCAGAGCUCGGCCGUCAUGGCGCUGCAGGAGGCCUGUGAGGCCUACCUGGUGGGUCUGUUUGAGGACACCAACCUGUGCGCCAUCCACGCCAAGCGAGUCACCAUCAUGCCCAAGGACAUCCAGCUGGCCCGCCGCAUCCGCGGGGAAAGGGCCUAAAGGCUAGUGAGUGCGAACCUGAACACAAAGGCUCUUUUCAGAGCCACCCACGUUUUCUGUAAAAGAGUGUAUACCGUUCAUUUUCAAUCCUCCAUUACCUGCUACCAACCUGUUACUGUAAGCACACUGUAAAGGGUUAGGUUCUUGCUUUGCUUCCAUGUCAGGUGAACCAAAAUUGCCUGUAUCUCCCACUGCAUUUUAUCCUGUGCACAUACACACAGACAUAAGUAAGCGUAAUUAAAAAUAGCAAGAAAUUCAAAGUAGUCAUAAAUUCUGAAGAACGCUGGUUUUUUUUUAACUCUGGAUUGCUGCAGUUUUGAGAGCUUCAUGUUUUAUUUAUCCAGUGUUCAACAGGCGCAAAUCAUUGUACUGGAUAUUUUUUUACCCAAAGGUCUCUUGAGGAGAAAAAAGGUCAAUUGAAAAAACUUUUAUGAGAAUGGCCUGGUGACUGGGACAGUACAACUCGCUGUGGGUGAUCCGUUGCAGGGCACAUGGUCAUGAGCUCCGGCUGAGCAAGCCAGUACCAGAAGCUUUUCUCCACGGUCUCUGUUGCUGUUUCUGUCCCACAUUCUUGCCUUCAAUUCCCGCCCUGCUCUCAUUGUUAGACGGUGAUGGGGCCAUGUUAGUCAAAUAAACCCUUCCACAGA